CACAUGUACAAGCGCAGAGAUGAAACGCUCAAGAGAAAGUAAUCUGCAUAAGCGACGACAGUAUAUUUAAUACGUAUAAUUAUGUAUUAUAAGUUAAUAUUGUAAUAUUUGAAUUUAGUAAUAAUAAUUAGUUAUAUCUGUCUCUAGUAACACUGUAGGAGAGGAACAGGAGUUGUCAUUGACUGUACUGGGGUGGAUGAGAGGCAGGUGUCAGACAUGGACGGGGUCCGGUGGGCGUUCCGCUGCGGUUCGUGGGUUCCGACCCGUUCAGAAUGGACAUUGGCGGCCCGGUGCAUUCAGCCGGAGGAGAAAGAACGAAUCGGACAGUUCGUUUUCGCCAAAGAUGCGAAAUCUGCAAUGGCUGGACGGCUUCUGAUCAGAAAGCUGGUGUGUGAGAAGUUGGGUUUUGUCUGGGACGGGUUUCGACUGGAAAGAACAGCACGGGUAAACCCACUUGCCACGCCCCUCAGCUACCACAAGCCCCACCCCAGCCACACACACUGGAACUUCAACGUGUCCCACCAGGGAGAUUAUGCCGUGCUGGCAGCAGCACCCAGACGCCAGGUGGGCGUAGACGUGAUGAAGACCACCAGACCAGGUAGCAGCUCUGUGCCGGAAUUUUUCCGUAUCAUGAAUCGUCAGUUCACGGAUCUGGAGUGGACGAACAUUCGGGCAGCUGGUUCAGACUGGGACCAACUUGAUCAUUUCUACAGGCACUGGGCGUUGAAGGAGAGCUUUAUCAAAGCGAUUGGCACAGGGCUGGGCUUCGACCUGCAGAGGGUGGAGUUUCACAUCUCGCCCAAUCAGAUGCAAGAAGGUCAAGUGUACCGGCAGACACGAAUGUACCUGGACAAUGAAGAGGAGGACUGGAUAUUUGAGGAGAGCUUAUUGGACAAAGACCAUCACGUCACCGUGGCGCUGGGAAAGCCAGAUAUCUGCACGUCUAAAGAGGAUGAUGGGUGUUUUCGUGAGGCCCCGCCCCUCUCCUUCACACUCUUGAGUUUCAGUGAUCUGGUGUCUAGAGCCACGCCCCUAUCAGAGGAGGACCCCGCCUACUGGGAGAGUUUUCAGCGCAAAAAGGAAGCACUUUUAAGGCAAAGCGAAUGGUGACCCUUGAACUAGCAGCAAGAGCGCCCCCUUAACCGAAUAUUUGAGCGACGUAAAGGACAUCUUUUUUUUAUUUUCUUUGUGCUAUUUUGUGUCAUUGCUGUUAUGCAGUGCCUUUGGCACUUCAACCGGAUGGGAAUAAAGAGAAGGGAAUUUUGGUUUGUGUUGGGUUAUUUUUAUGUUUUGGGAGAUAUCUCUAAUUUGAUCAAACAUGAUACAAUGUUUUAGAGCAGGCAUAUUCAACAGGCGGCCCAUGGGCCAAAUCAGGCCUGUUUGAAACUUCCAGUGGCCCGCGUGAGGUUGUCUGUUGGAAACUGAACGGUUUGCACUGAACGUGCUAUUUGUGUCAAUCAUUGAGACGCGCAAUGUCUCAAUGUUUUCACAGUGUCUCGUGCAGGAGUGGCGUGUUUUUUAGAUGCUUCCAGUAGGUCUACAAUGCAAGUGAAUGGAUGCCAAAUUUUUGACACACGAAAAGCAUAUAAAGGCAUCGUAAAAGUAAUCCAUACGACUCUAGUGGUUUAAUCCGGGUCGUCUGAAGUGAUAUGAUAGGUGUGGGUAAGCAAUAGGUCAAUAUUGAAUUGUUUUCCCUGCCCAGUAGGGGGCUAGUUAAGCGCUUUACACUGUGUCCCAAUCACCCAUUCUAACACACACACACACACACACACACCAAUGACGGCAGAGCUGCCAUGCAAGGCACUAGCCUGCCAUUGGGAGCAACUUGCCAAGGGGUUCAGUGUCUCGCCCGAGGACACUUCGGCAUGUGGAGUCAUGUGUGCCGGGAAUCAAACCACCAACCCUGUGAUUAGCAGCCGACCCGCUCAACCACAGCCACCCCAAUCAAGUCACAUACAAGGUUUCCUUCCUUCUGCUCUGACAAUGUUCCCCAACUCUGAGGAUUGGUUUGUCCAGCUGGACUGCCACACAGUCAGGUCAAUCAAGGUGUGGAUGGAGGACCACCGGAUCAAGACCCGGUCAUGGUCAGCCCGAUCUCCAGACCUGAACCCCAUUGAAAACCUCUGGAAUCUGAUCAAGAGGAAGAUGGAUGGGCCACAAGCCAUCAAACAAAGCAGAGCUACUUGAAUGUUUGCACCAGGAGUGGCAUAAAGUCGCCCAACAGCGAUGUGAAAGACUGGUAGAGACAUGCCAAGACACAUGAAAGCUGCGAUUGAAAAUCAGGGUUGAAAUCAAGUCAAAACAUUAUUAUUGGGUUGUUUAAAAAUGUAUAUGACCUUGAUGUCUUUGCAUUAUUCGGGGUCUGAAAAAUUGCAUCUUUAUUGUUGUUUUGAACAGUUGUCAUUUUCUGCAAAUAAAUGCUCUUAAACGACAAUAUUUUUAUUUGGUGUUUAUAAAAAUGGACAAGCUCUUCAGUAUGUCCCCAACAUCCUGUUUUAAUAGGAAAUACGGCCGUUUGCAAAUUGUACGUUUAUAUUUCAUCCAGUGUAUUAAUAGAUAAAUGAUGGAGACAUGAAAAUGUAUUACAUAGGGGGAAAAAAUUACCCUUUUAUGGAAGUUGUUGUUUUAUUUUGCUAACCUACACCUCCCAAAGUCUCUCUCUCUUUCUCUCUCUCCUCCAUCUGUUGCAGUGUAUUUUUAUCAUUGGACAUGUAGCAGGUUUCAGCUUAUAACAAAUCGCUGCAUUUCUCUUUCUGUCUAGUUAAAGGUGCACUCUGUAAUCAGUUUUU